UAAAAGUGAUUUGCUCCGUUUGAGUGUUUGUGUAUCAUUGCUACUACAAAAAUCUUAAUUAAAAUUUAAAAAACAAUGAGUAGUAGUUACUUUAAUAAAAAAAUGAUUGUUUGGCAUGGAAAUGUCGCUUGUUUUGACUCUAUCUGCUCACUCUCAAUCAAGCAACCGCCUUAUUUAACUUCGCAUCAACUGUACGGCACAGCAUAGUGCUUCACUUUGUUAAUCUCUCUUCUUCCUCCUGUCACUCCCAGCAGCACAUCAUGGACAUGGAGAUUGACAUUGACGAUCUCCUCGACUUCUACGGUCACAGCAGCACCACCCCGAGCUCCGACGACGGCGGUAACUGGGUCCCCUGCUCCCCCCUCGUCGACUGGGACUCCUUCACUGCCGCCGCCGACCAUGAUGACUUCCACCACAUCAUCGACUCCUUCAUGGACUACACCCUCCCCGCCGGCGACCUCACCCCAGAAGAAGAAUCCAUUGGAGAAAGAUCCGCAACCACCACGGAGGAGGAGGACGAUGAAGCCACUGCCGCUGAUCACAGUGGAAAGGGCCUCCGCCUUGUGCACCUCCUGAUGGCGGCGGCGGAGGCUCUCACCGGUGCUAACAAGAGCCACGACCUGGCUCGAGCGAUAUUGAUUCGGCUCAAGGAGUUGGUGUCCCACACCGCCAACACCAACAUGGAGAGACUCGCGGCGUAUUUUACCGACGCGCUACAGGGUCUGCUAGAUGGCGCCGCGGGUGCGCACAACCUUAACAAAAACAGCGUUGUUGCUGGACCCCACCGUGAGGACCCACAAACGGACAUGCUGGCAGCGUUUCAGCUCCUUCAAGACAUGUCACCUUACAUCAAGUUCGCUCACUUCACAGCCAACCAGGCCAUCCUUGAGGCUGUGGCCCACGAACGCAGGGUCCACAUUAUUGACUUUGAUGUUUCCGAAGGGGCCCAAUGGGCCUCACUCAUUCAGGCCCUAUCUUCCCGUAAGGAUGGCCCGUCGGGCCCCCACCUCCGCAUCACUGCAUUGUCCCGGAGCUGUGGACGCGGGGGCGGAAGGAGGUCCAUUGCCACUGUGCAGGAGACCGGACGACGGUUGACGGCGUUCGCAGCAUCGGUCGGGCAGCCGUUCUCAUUUCAUCAGUGCAGGUUGGACCCGGAUGAAACGUUUCGGACUUCUUCUCUGAAGUUGGUCCGUGGGGAGGCGUUGGUGUUCAACUGCGUACUGCACUUGCCUCAUCUUAACUACCGGGCCCCCGAUUCCAUCGCAUCGUUCUUGAGCGGUGCGAGGGAGCUGAGCCCGAAGCUCGUGACAUUGGCCGAGGAGGAGGUGGGGCCUGUUGGGGAUGCGGGUUUUGUGGGCUUAUUCAUGGACUCGUUGCACCGUUAUUCGGCAAUGUGUGAUUCGCUUGAGGCCGGGUUUCCAAUGCAAAGAUGGGCUCGGGGUUUGGUGGAACGUGUGUUUUUGGGCCCACGAAUAACAAGCUCGGUGGCCCGGUUGUACCGAACUGGAGAGGAAGAUGAGGAGGGAAGUGGGUCAUGGGGAGAGUGGUUGGUUGCUUCAGGGUUCAGGGGAGUUCCAAUAAGCUUUACUAAUCAUUGUCAAGCCAAGUUGUUACUUGGUUUGUUUAAUGAUGGGUAUAGGGUGGAGGAAUUAAGUAACAAUAAGUUGGUGUUGAGUUGGAAAUCAAGGCGUUUGCUUUCGGCAUCUGUUUGGACUUCUUCAGAUGACUCUAAUUUGUAGAUAUUUUCUUGGUUCAUUGAUCAUUAUUGAUGCUAGAAUAUUGGAGGCUUCUUUAGCAGCACCAUCUCAGGAAAAGCAUGGAAAAUAGUACUAAACCUUGUUCUUGUUGAGAUUUUUUUUGGUCAUGGAAUAAAGAGCUCUUGCAAAGCUGAAUAUUAUUUCUU